CGCACAGAGCCGCACAGAGCCGCACACAGUCCGGGGAUGCGGGACUCUGCAGCUAGCACAAAGAGAAAAGAAAGUGGCAGUCUGUCCUCAAACCAGCACUGGGCUUUGACUUAAAGAGUAAAAGUCUAACCUGCCCGCCUGGCUGCCACUGACAGUGCAACAGAAGAAGUGCCCACCACUUGGCGACACCUUGAGAAGUACCAAGAAGGAAAUUGGAUUCCUAUUUGACACACUUUCACACGUUAUUUGGCGUCAUUUCACCUGCUUUCUCUGGACAGGGACGCACGGUGUCCAGGUUGGCCGGAGAGUGGACACCGACAGCGAUUGUCCAUCAGGAGGUGACCGCCGACCUCCCGCAUCUCGCCACGUCUCUCCUCCACUCCGCUCCACGCCGCUCCGUCCUCCACUGUCCCCUCACAGAUGGUGUGAAAGCCGCGAAAGGCAGCGCCGGACUACCCCCCUCCCUCACCGCCACAAGGGAGGCGCGCAACCACUUUGGCACCGAACUCCGAUCGAGCAUCCGGCCGCCCAGUGCUGCGCCACGGCCGGUCACCGCAGAGCACCGGAGCCGCUGCUCGCUGGAGGGAGAUCCGUUACACGGAGGUCAGUCCGAGGGCCACAUCUGGGGCCAGUGCAGAGCGGUCAGUUUGGGGUGGCAGGCGUGCGGUCGGUUUUGGGGGCAGUUUGCGGCCGGUGUAGAGGAGCAGCAGCAGCAGGAGGAGAGCCGACCCUUCCAGCGCCGCUCUCCGGGCGAUGCCAGUGUAAAUGCCAGGGCGAUGUCCCGACGCAAGCAGGGGAACCCGCAGCACCUGUCCCAGAGAGAAGUAACAUCGGACAUUGAGCAUCCAGAUGGCAGCCUGCUCUCCGACUCUCUAUCCCUCCACCCACUCCGCCUGCCCUCUCACCCGCUUGGCCUACCUCCCCACCCGCUGGACCCAAGUCUGGCCCACGCCCUGCCACCCAGCCUUCACGCUGACCACGACCUGCUGACCUGCGGCCAGUGCCAGCUGACCUUCCCGCUGGGCGACAUCCUCCUCUUCAUUGAGCACAAAAAGAAGCAGUGCCAAACACCGCUGCUGGCCAAUGGCUGCUACGAUAAGAUGACCGACCGGGGAGGAGGAGGGAGUCCCACUCUGCAGAACCUUCAUCACCAAGCACAGCAGGGGGAGCUGAGGAAGGUCGUGGAGCCGGUGGAGAUUGGCAUCCAGGUGACACCAGAGGAGGAGGAGGAGAUGGGAAGAGGUGAGAGGGGAGGGAGGACACCCAUCAAAGGAAUUUGCCCCAAGCAGGAGAACACACCAGCAGGUGGCAGGGAUGAGCCUUCCAGUUAUAUAUGUACCACAUGUAAGCAGCCCUUCCCCAGUGCCUGGUUCCUGCUGCAGCAUGCCCAGAACACCCACGGCAUUCGCAUAUACCUGGAGUCCAAUCCCUCCAGCACUGCCCUCACCCCGCGCAUCACUAUGCCUCCACCUAUGGGCAACGACUCCAUCCCGCAGUCCCCUCUCACCAACUUUCUUGGGGACAACAACCCCUUCCAUCUGCUUAGGAUGGCGGGCCCCCUGCUCCGGGAGCCUCCUCCAGGCUUCAUGGAGAACCGCCUUCCCAACACACCUCCAUUCGUCAGCCCGCCUCCCCGUCACCACCUGGACCCCCAUAGGCUGGAACGCCUUAGUGCAGAGGAAAUGGGCCUCAUCUCACAGCACCCCAGUGCCUUUGAGAGAGUGAUGCGGCUCACGCCCAUGGCCAUGGAGUCCCAGUCAAUGGAUUUCUCCAGGCGGUUACGUGAAUUGGCGGGGAACAACAACAGCACCACUCCACCACUGUCACCCAGCAGAGCCAACCCUAUGCACCGACUGCUGAACCCCAACCCCUUCCAGCCCGGGCCCAAAUCACCCUUUCUGAGCACCCCUCCCCUACCACCCAUGCCCCCAAACAGCACCACCCCUCCCCAGACACAGAAUAAGGUCAAAUCCUGUGAGUUCUGUGGCAAGACCUUUAAGUUCCAGAGCAACUUGGUGGUGCAUCGGCGCAGCCAUACUGGAGAAAAACCAUACAAGUGCCAGCUGUGUGACCACGCCUGCUCCCAGGCAAGUAAGCUCAAGCGCCAUAUGAAGACCCACAUGCACAAGGCUGGAUCACUGACAGGGCGCUCAGAUGAUGGACUGUCCACCACAAGCUCCCCAGAGCCAGGCACCAGUGAUGUCACAGGGGAGGGCAUGAAGAAUCGCGAUGGGGACUUCCAGGGGGAAGGUAAUGAGGAAGAAGAUGAAGAGGAGGAAGAGGAGGAACUUGAGAAUGAGAGUCGACCAGAAUCCAACUUCAGCAUGGAGUCUGAGUUCUACCGAAACAGGGAGAAUGGCUCUAAACCCCCCUCAGAGGAGAAGUCAUCACUAUCUCUUGAGAAGAUGGUGGAAGGUGGGGGGCUCCACUCUAUACAGCAGUACAAUAAUUUGAUAGUUGACAAUCGUAAAAGGAUGCCCUUCUCCAAGAGGGGCUCAGAUGGCCAGCGGGACACUGGGGAUGAGGAUUCAGUGGCUGGGGAGAUGGACCACAACCAGCAGGAAGAGAGGACAACCAUUAAUGGCCGGAACUGUGGCUCUGGCGACUCAUUCUCAGGCCUGUUUCCCCGUAAGCCAACCCCUAUCACCAGCCCCAGCCUGUCCAACUCCUCAAACAAGCGCAUCAAGAUUGAGAAGGACUUGGACAUUCCCCCAGCGCCCCACAUUCCCUCUGAGAACGUCUACUCCCAGUGGCUCGUGGGCUAUGCUGCCUCACGCCACUUCAUCAAAGACCCUUUCCUAGGCUUCACUGACUCCAGACAAUCGCCCUUCGCAACCUCCUCUGAGCACUCGUCUGAGAACGGCAGCCUGCGGUUCUCAACGCCUCCGGGUGACCUGCUGGAUGGAGGCCUGUCGGGCCGCAGCGGCACCGCCAGCGGAGGCAGCACUCCUCAUCUGGGUGGAGGUCCAGGCCGGCCCAGCUCCAAGGAUGGCAGGAGAUGUGACACCUGUGAAUACUGCGGCAAGGUGUUCAAAAACUGUAGCAACCUGACGGUGCACCGGCGCAGUCACACUGGCGAGAGGCCCUACAAGUGUGAGCUGUGCAACUAUGCCUGUGCCCAGAGCUCCAAGCUCACACGCCACAUGAAGACACAUGGCCAGCUUGGUAAGGAGGUCUACCGCUGUGACAUUUGCCAAAUGCCCUUCAGCGUGUACAGCACUCUGGAAAAACAUAUGAAAAAGUGGCAUGGAGAACAUUUGAUGACCAAUGAGGUCAAAAUUGAACAAGCAGAGAGAACCUAAACCAGAUUCUCUUUUUCCAUACUCUGCGCCACACUUUGACUUAAAAAAAAAUAAAUGGGGUAGCUGGAUACUCUUUUUCUGAAAUGUUAAUUUUGGGUUAAUUUUGUGUUUUUAAGAAACUGCCAACUGAGAAAAAAAAAUGAAAACAGAGAUCCUAACACCAUUUGAAGCUGUCUAAACUGCCUCAUUUGGAGUUCCUUUUUACAAUCAGUCAGUUGAGUUAUAACAUGUGUGGAGCCUUUAACUGUGCAAUAAUUUCUGUAUUUAUUGGAUUUUGUAUUUUGGCAUGUGCAGGUACAUUAUUAUUUAGGCAUUUCUUUAAAUUUUGUUUUACUUUAAAUUUGUGUUACUCUGUUUUUUAAAAACCCACAUGAUAUCCUGAGAUUUUUUUAGAAGACAAAAGUCAAUUUUGAGUAAUCUUUUUUGGCCGCUGCUUGUAGGAAAUUGUAUAUUAAGCUAUUAAGUGAUUUCUUGAAGACAAGCUGAAUUCAGUCUUCAAUUUGAAAGUGGCGUUAUCUCAGAAUGCUAGAAUUAGUCUAUUUUGUGUGAUGAAGAUACGCGGACAACAAUCCUUUGGCACUGUAGCAUGAACUAAGUUUAAAACAUGUUAAUAUAAUUGGAUAUGUAGCACUGAGCGUCAUAUUUGACAUUAAAUCAAAGAGGAUCCCAAGGUUCAAAAACCCUGUCUCCUCCUGAAAACAUCAUUCCAGCCACAAGAUUCUAGAUAAGGCAGCUGCUGACUGGUAUGUCGUACCAAGCCCUGACUACGCUAUGACAACCGUCCCUCAUUUUACUACCCCCACCCCCCAUCUUAUCAACACUCAUACAUCCAUGUAUUAUAUUUUGCAUGCAGCCAUAUGACUGAGGCUAUAUUAUUUAUUUGGAGUAAUGUGAGCAUGAAGCCAUGCAAUAUGAGUAUGCGUUCAGAUAGAUAGAAGAAUGAAACAAAAGAGUUAGCACAGGGGCAUCUCAGGGUAAACUAUACUACUUUUCUUGAUUUACCCAUUCAUUCCUUUGCUUUCAGAAGCAUUCCCAUUUCAACACGUUCUCAUCCCAAGUUGUCCCAUAUUGCAGCUUUGCAUUGGACUUCUGCAUCUAAAUAUUAUGCUUUAGGUAUCCUUCUUUUUGUUCGGUGGCAUGACGCUGCACAUGGUCAUGUUAAGACAACAAAAGCACGUGGCAACAAAUGCCAGAAUGUCAACAUACGCAUGAGCUGGCAAGGAUGGUUACGAUUAGGGGCAAAGGUAUAGAAAAAAACAUCACAUUCACACAGGAAUCAAACACUGGACUCCUGCAUCAAAGUCUGGGUUUGUUUGAUGCAUCCAUCUCCCUUCUCGCCCGCCUAACGGGCACCCUCAUGCUCCUUAUAUUUCAUCGUUACCAGCAGCAUUUCAACCUGACACUAUCAGUUUACGUCUAGUCCCCC